AUGGCUUUACAAGACGUUGUUACCCGUGAAUACACCAUUAACUUGCACAAGAGAUUGCACGGUGUUCACUUCAAGAAGAGAGCCCCAAAGGCCGUCAAGGAGAUCAGAAAGUUUGCCUCCAAGCACAUGGGUACCACUGACGUCAGAUUGGACCCUAAGUUGAACACGCACUUGUGGAAGAGAGGUAUCCAGGGUGUCCAGCACAAGAUGAGAUUGAGAAUCUCCAGAAAGAGAAACGACGAGGAGUCCGCCAAGGAGUCCAUGUUCGCUUUCGUCGAGCCAAUCACCGUCCCAUCCAACAAGGGUUUGCAAACCGUUGUCAUUGAAGACGAGGCUUAA